GGCCUGGGCAGGCAGUGUCAGGGCCCAGGUGGCAUGGUGAGAGGUGGGGCCUGGCUGAGGGCGUGCUCCUGGGGCCCUUCCCAGAGACGAAGGCUGUGGGGCAGGAAGUCUGGGGGCGGCAGUUGCUCCUGUGACACCGUCGGUGCUUGGCUGCCCCGGCUUCCUUCCAGAAAACCCUGGCCCUGGCUGCUGGCUGUCCCCUGAGCCCGCAGUCCUGUGUGCGGCGUCGGCCCGGGCUGUGACCAGGUCCUGGGACUGGCAGCCCUCAGGCCUCUCUGCCGGCAUCCACAGUGCCUGGCCCAGGGCACGCCUGCGAAUCCCGCGGUGUGAACGCCCGGGCCUGCCCACAGGGGCAGGGACGGAGCACUCGCAGGGAGCCGGCAGGGCAGCUUUCCUGGCCUCUCUGCCCAGCACAGGCCAGGUGCGGGCACGAGCCGGGGAGAGAGAUGGUGGCCCUGCCUGGGGGCACGGCCGGGGCCUGGCCGCAAGCCUCACAGCAGCAGAGACCACGUCCUUUAAACUGCUGGAGUAAAGCCCUCCACGGGACUGACGGGAUGCACGGCCCUCUUACAAAGCCUGGCUGAGCACCACCAUGAGACUGGAGCCCACGGACAUGCUAGGAAACGCCACCACAGCACCGCCCACUGUGCCCUCCGAGCGCUGCAACGCGUCCUAUGAGGACAGCACAGCCAUCCUGGUGACGGUGUACAGCGCGGUGUGCGCGCUGGGCCUGCCGGCCAACUGCCUGACGGCGUGGCUGGCGCUGCUGCAGGUGCGGCGGGGCCACGUGCUGGCUGUCUACCUGCUGUGCCUGGCGCUCUGCGAGCUGCUGUACAUCGGCACGCUGCCGCUCUGGAUCGUCUACGUCAGGAACCAGCACCAGUGGGCCCUGGGCCCGACGGCCUGCCAGGCCACCGCGUACAUCUUCUUCUGCAAUGUCUACGUCAGCAUCCUCUUCCUGUGCUGCAUCUCCUGCGACCGCUACGUGGCGGUGGUGCACGCCCUGGAGAGCCGGGGCCACCGCCGCCAGCGGACCGCCAUCUUCGUGUCCGCGGCCGUGUUCGUCCUCGUCGGCCUGGUUCACUACCCCGUGUUUAGGAUGGACCAGCACGGCACCUGCUUCGAGACCGUGAGCAUCGACCGCACCAUCGCCAGGUACCACUACGCGCGCUUCGCCGUGGGCUUCGCCGCGCCCCUGUCCGUCAUCACCUUCACCAACCUCCGCAUCUUCAGGAGCGUCCAGCGGAGCGUGGGCCUGACCGCCGCCCAGAAGGCCAAGGCGAGGCACCUGGUCAUCGCGGUCGUGGUCAUCUUCCUGGUCUGCUUUGCCCCGUACCACGUGGUGCUCCUCAUUAAAGCCAUCACCUUUUCCUACUUCCGCGCUGCCAUGUGCCCCGUGCAGGCUGGCCUGUCUGAGGCCUCCGCGGUGUUCCUGAGCUUGUCCACGGUCAGUGGCGUGGCUGACCCCAUCAUCUACAUGCUGGCCACGGACCAUUCUCGGCAAGAAGUGUCCAGGAUCCACCAGGGGUGGAAAAAGUGGUCCCUGAAGACAGAUGUCACCAAGCUCACAUGUUCAAAGGACUCGGAGGAGGUGUGGUCACCCAGCUGCGCACUCCCCAGGCCUGUCCACCCGCCAGGGCCACAGUUGGACACAGGGGGCUCGCUGUGCACCCUCGAGAGGCUGGCCGAGACACCCCGGGCUGGCCGAGACACCCUGCUGACCCUGCUGUUCUCAGAAGGAGGUGGGGCGCGGCGUGGCGCAGCAUGGCACCCACCGAGCCCAGCAGCCCCGGUGCCCACGGGGAGAACAUACGACCGGGCUCUUGUUCCUUGA